AGUGGGUGGGUGGGAAGAGGACAGGUAAACUGUGUGACGGUGCUCUAUUUCAGAAGUGACGGUUCUCGACGGAAUUGCGAUCAAGUGUCGAUAAGCAUUAUGGAGAAGGGCAGUGCGCAUUCUUCCGACAUGUCUGCCGGUUGGGAACGCGUCUCGGAUAAUUCGCAGUCCGGUGAGAGCAUGUCUUCGAACGAUCAGCCAUGGUGGAAGGAACAAGAAGAAAUAGUCAUUUCUGGAGUGUCCGGACGUUUUCCAAGGUGCGAGAACGUCAACGAAUUCGGAGAUCUACUGCUACAGGGCGAAGAUCUCAUCACGGAGGACGAUCUCAGGUGGCCUCCUGGCUUCUAUGAUCUGCCGAAGCGACAUGGUAAGCUCCAGGAUCUCAAGAAAUUUGAUGCGCAGUUCUUUUCCGUGACUCCUAAACAGGCCAACUUCAUGGAUCCUCAAGUUCGUAUACUGCUUGAGGUAGCCUGGGAAGCGAUGGUCGAUGCUGGUAUCAAUCCCGUGGAUCUACGAGGGUCACGAACGGGAGUGUUUGUUGGAUGUUCGGCUUCGGAAACAUCCGGAGCUCUUACCCAGGAUCCGGAAACAGUUACCGGUUACACCCUGACUGGAUGCGUUCGAUCCAUGUUCUCGAAUCGCAUCUCGUACACAUUUGAUCUGCAAGGUCCAUCAUUCUCAGUUGAUACUGCUUGCUCCAGCUCAUUGCUAGCACUUCAGUUGGCUGUCGAUGCUAUUCGUCAGAAACAAUGCGAUGCAGCAAUUGUAGCUGGAGCUCAUCUAACGCUGACACCAACGGCUGCAUUGCAAUUUCUACGUCUUGGAAUGCUGACUGACAAGGGAAGUUGCCGUUCCUUCGACGAUUCCGGCGAUGGCUACUGCCGUACUGAAGGAGUGGCUGCAAUCUUCAUCCAACGCAAAUCAAAGGCGAAUCGUAUCUAUGCCACUGUGAUCCACGCAAAAUCCAACACUGAUGGCUACAAAGAACAAGGAAUCACUUUCCCAUCGGGAGAACGCCAAGCUCAGCUCCUCGAAGAGGUCUACAAUGAGGCUGGUGUCGACCCGAAUAGUGUCUACUAUGUAGAAACCCACGGAACAGGAACAAAAGUCGGAGAUCCACAGGAGGCUAAUGCUAUUUGCCAAGUAUUUUGUUCUAAUCGUAAAGAACCGCUUCUCAUCGGAUCCGUCAAAUCGAACAUGGGUCAUGCUGAGCCGGCCUCGGGUAUCUGUUCGAUUGCCAAGGUACUUGUUGCGAUCGAACGCCAGAUGAUACCACCAAAUCUUCACUUCAAUACACCCAAUCAAUAUAUUCCUGGUCUUACCGACGGUCGACUCAAAGUCGUUACGGAACCUACACCGUUACCUGGAGGUAUUAUCGGAGUGAAUUCGUUUGGAUUCGGUGGUUCGAACACCCACGUGAUCCUCAAGGCCGCCGAUCACACUGCGCCGCCGCUCACUGAGCUACCUUUUACAAAAAUCCUAACAUAUUGUGGACGUUCGCAAGAUGCCGUCCAGCACGUCUUCAGCGUCGUCGAGAAUAAUGUCAACGACGGCUACCUCCAAGCACUUCUUGCCAACCAAGCAAAUCUACCAGCCAAAGAUACGCCAUUCCGAGGCUACAUGCUCAUCCACAGAAGUGGCGAUCAGCCUCCACUAAAAGAUGUCGUGAAGGUCGCAAUUACGGAGCCACGUCCAAUCUACUUCAUCUACUCCGGCAUGGGCUCUCAAUGGCCCGGUAUGGGUAUGAAGCUGAUGAAGAUUCCAGUCUUUGACGAGUCAUUGAGGGCUUCGAGCAAAACGCUGGAGGAGUUCGGCCUGGACGUGUACGGCAUGCUGUGCAAUCCUGAUCCAUCUCAAUAUCAGAACAAUACGCUCAACUGUAUGCUCGCCAUUACAGCAAUCCAGAUUGCUCUCACAGACCUUCUGUUCUCUCUUGGAGUAACCCCUGAUGGUAUCAUCGGUCACUCUACGGGUGAAAUGGGCUGUGGUUACGCCGAUGGUGGAAUAACUCGUGAACAGACAAUGCGUCUGGCUUACCAUCGAGGAACAACUAUGAUGAAGCAUAAGGAAAUCAAGGGUGGCAUGGCCGCCGUUGGUCUGACAUGGGAAGAAGCCCAAGCACAGUGCCCAGAGGGAGUUGUUCCAGCUUGCCACAACGGUGCUGACUCAGUUACUAUCUCAGGAGAUGGAGAGAAAGUGCUCGAGUUUUGUGAACAGCUCAAGGAGAAGGGAGUAUUCGCUAAGGCUGUCGAUUCCUCGGGCAUUCCAUUCCACUCGCCAAUGAUGGCCCGCGUCAAAGAGCCUAUGCUCGAGGCAAUGCGUACCGCUGUACCAGAACCAAAGCCCAGAUCGUCACGCUGGAUUUCGACAUCGAUUCCCGAGGAGGAUUGGGAAAGCGAGCUGGCUAGCACUUGCUCUGCCGACUAUCAUGUGAACAAUGCUAUUUCCCCGGUACUCUUCUACGAAGCCCUCCAGAAGAUCCCAGCAAAUGCGGUUGCAAUCGAAAUGGCACCACAUUCGCUGAUGCAAGCCAUCCUGCGCCGUUCACUGAUGAAAACCGUCAGCAACAUUGGUCUCAUGAACAAGCCAAAGACAGAGAACGAGAACGAACUCGAGACAUUCCUCCAGUCGCUGGGAAAGAUCUAUCAAGCUGGCGUGAACAUUCGCGUUGAGGAUCUUUACCCAGGCGGACGUUUCAAGGGUGUGGUCCCUAAGGGUACACCAAUGAUUGGUCCAAUGUGGAAGUGGGACCAUUCACAGGACUGGCCAGUGGUCGAUGGACGUCAUAUGGCUGCUGCUGCUGGUGGUUCAAUGUGUGUAUCAGCCUCGUAUAACAUUGAUCCGUUUGCACCUGAUUCCAAGGUAAGAGUCUACCUUCUCGAUCAUUGUAUCGACGGCCGUGUGCUCUAUCCAUUUACUGGUUACCUGGUACUUGCAUGGAAAACGCUUGCAAAAUUGAACGGAGUCGAUUUCCAAAAGACUGCUGUCAUCUUCGAGAAUAUCAACGUUUAUUCGGCGUGCAUUCUGAGCAAACCAAUCAAGCUCGAUUGCGUUGUUACUCCUGGCAAUGGAAUGUUCGAGAUCCUUCAUGAAGAUCAAGUGGCAGCAUCUGGAAGGAUCUACAUUCCUGAAGACAACCAACCAUUCUACUAUGGUAAACUAAGUGAUAUCCGAACAUCGGAAAUCGCUGACAGAAUCGAACUUGACACUGAGGAUGCUUACAAGGAGUUCCUUCUACGAGGUUAUGAGUACGGACAGGCGUUCCGUGGCAUCUACAAGACCUGCAACUCGGGUGAACGUGGAUACCUGUACUGGACUGGUAACUGGGUGACGUUCCUUGACUCACUGCUGCAGACAGCCCUUUUGGCCGAACGUGCCGAUACACUUCGUCUGCCAACCCGCGUCAGACAUCUACGCAUUGAUCCUGUGAAACAUCUUGACCAUCUGAUUGAGAAGGACGGAAUCCAGGUAUUUGAACUACGAAAUGAUCAUGCUACUAAUGGAUGUAUCGCUGGUGGUGUUGAGUGCUGUGACCUGACUGCUCACACCGUUGCACGUCGUAUUCAGACGUCUGGACAGCUGUAUCACGAGAAAAUCUUUUUCGUGCCGCACUAUGAUGACCAUUGUCUGAAGGAUUUCGAGAAGGAACGUAAGAUGCUCGACCAGUACACUCGAGUACUGAAACACGUUGUCGCUCGUGGAUUGGCGUCAUGGGAAAAGCACGGUAUCCUGUCGAGAAUGACAAAUGGAAAGGCACUGAAGACUGCACUGAAGGUGCUUGCUCCAUUUGCUAAGGAUAACGCCGCGGAAGCGACAAUGCGCAAGUACCUGGAUGACGGCAAAUGUUCAGUACUUCAUGCAUUUGAUGAGAUCUUUGCUCUUGAAUUUUCCAACGACAUGACUGCCACCGAUUUCGAAGCGCUGGUGAUAAAUAAGUUGAAGAAUGUAAAGACCGUGUUCGACUUCGAUCGAGCCUGGAGCGCAGCCUUGUCGUUCGACAGGAUCAUCAAGACCAUGCAGGACAUCUGUAUCGAGAACUCUGCCGGUCACACAGCCAAGAUGUGCGCUGUGGAGCUGAAUUCGUUCGAGCAGCUGAAGCAGUGCGUCGAGGCCAAUCUGUCACACCCGCUUCUGGAGGUGGAAAGCAUCUGUGUGGGACCUAAUGUUGACCAACUCGAUGAAAACUCUUUGGAGCAAGUCGGAGCCCGCAAGGUUCGCCUCACCAUUGACGAAAACUUCAAUGGGCAUAAUGACGCGAAGAAUAUGGACUACAUGCUUUUAGACAAGGUUCUUUGCAGGAAAGCUGAUCCAGCCACGUACUUGAACGCUUGCAAACAUCUACUUCGCGACGAUGGAUUUGCCAUUAUUGUUGAGGUCACUCAGGACUAUGAACUCGCAGCUGUAAUUCAGGGAAUGUUCGGCUAUGAACUCUCAGUGAGCCCGGAUCGUCGUUUCGGUACCUAUUUCACGCAUGACGAACUGCUGAAAUUGUUCAAUGAUUGCGGCUUCAAGAUCUGCAACUAUCAACGUGAUCCAUCAGUAAUGACGACGUGUUAUACAAUUCGUAAGAAUGAGGCUACACCUCGUGACCCGGUAUUCAUCGACGUUGACGACGUCAAGGAGUUCACAUGGAUUGAGCCAUUGCAAAAGGUCAUCGAAGAGCGUCUCAAUGAACCCGAGCACAAGACGAUUUGGCUCUUAAACACCAAGGUGCGUAAUAACGGUGUAGUCGGGCUGGCUCUGUGCUUCAUCGAAGAAAAUCUGAAAUGGAAUCGUUUCCGCUCAUUGAUCGAUAUGUCUCAAAAUAAGAAACGUCGUGAAGGUCCGCCAGAAAUCAAGCUUGAGGAUCCAAAAACCCAGGCGAUAAUCGAUCUUGAUAUGCAUGCCAACAAUUACAAGGAUGGUGUAUGGGGUUCGCUACGUCAUUUUGUCGUCAAGGACGAAGAUGUGCACACGUUUAAACAGUGUAAACAUGCUUUCAUCAACACGUUAACUCGUGGAGAUGUUUCGUCGCUCACAUGGUUUGAAUCCCCGAAUCAAUACUUUGAUGAGAUCGAAGGCCGUAAAGACACACAUGAGCUGUGCUCAGUAUACUAUGCGGCUAUUAACUUCCGCGAUGUUAUGCUGGCAUACGGUCGUUUGUCCCCAGACGCAAUCCCGGGUAAUUUCGCUGAUCGCGAAUGCCUGCUCGGUAUGGAGUUUGCUGGACGACUGAAAGAUGGCACUCGUUUGAUGGGAAUUCUUCCUGCUCAGGCCCUUGCCACAUCAGUUAUAGUGGACCGCGAUUACGCCUGGGAAGUACCAGAGCGCUGGUCAUUGGCUGAAGCGGCUACCGUACCAGUUGUGUACACAACGGCGUACUAUGCGCUCGUUUGCCGUGGUCGCAUAAAGAAGGGUGAGAAAGUGUUGAUUCAUGGUGGAGCAGGUGGUGUUGGACAGGCAGCGAUUGCAAUUGCCUUGUCAUAUGAUUGUGAAGUAUUCACCACAGUUGGAUCACAAGAAAAGCGUGAAUAUCUGAAGAAGAAGUUCCCUCAACUAAAAGAUGUCCAUUUCGCCAAUUCUCGCUCGGCCGACUUUGAACUGCACAUUCGGCAGUACACUAAGGGCCGAGGUGUGAAUAUCGUCUUGAACUCGUUGGCCCAUGAAAUGCUGCAAGCAUCACUCCGCUGUUUGGCUCGUCACGGACGAUUCCUUGAGAUCGGAAAAGUCGACCUGGCUCAGAACUCUUCACUAGGAAUGUCGAAGCUGCUUGACAAUGUGUCAAUCCAUGGUAUCCUUUUGGAUGCGAUUAUGGAUCCUACUGUUGGCGAUUUCGAUGAAUGGAAGGAAGUUGCUAGCCUUCUGGAAGCUGGUAUCAAGAAUGGUGUGGUACAGCCCCUGCCAGCCUCGUUGUUCCCAACUGACAAGGCAGAGGAGGCGUUCAGGUUCAUGUCCGCAGGAAAACAUAUCGGUAAAGUGGUGAUGGAAAUUCGUAAAGAAGAACCACAACGGAAGUGCAUUCCGUCCGACAUCACUGUACGAGCGGUUUGCCGUACCCUGUGCCAUCCCCAGCACGUGUACCUGAUCACUGGUGGUCUGGGUGGAUUCGGACUUGAGCUUGCUCAAUGGCUUAUCAACCGUGGAGCCCGAAAGCUGGUGCUCACAUCUCGGUCGGGUAUUCGAACUGGAUAUCAGGCACGGUGUGUACAUUUCUGGAGAAGAACUGGCAUUUCAGUACUGAUUUGCACGCUGAACAUAGCUAAGCGGUCAGAUGCCGAUGAGCUGAUCCGUCAGUGUCUUUCUAUGGGACGCCUGGGCGGAGUGUUCCAUCUUGCUAUGGUACUCCGUGAUUGUCUAUUCGAGAAUCAAAACGUGCAGAACUUCAAGGACGCAGCUGAGGCCAAGUACUACGGUACGAUUAAUCUCGAUCAGGCCACCCGCGUAGCGGCAGACGAUGCCCUACGAUGGUUUGUCGUGUUCUCAUCGAUCACAUCGGGACGCGGUAACGCUGGUCAGACCAAUUAUGGCUGGUCGAACUCAACUAUGGAACGUAUGAUCGAACAACGUCGAGAAGAUGGAUAUCCGGGUAUCGCAAUUCAAUGGGGAGCUAUUGGUGAUGUGGGAGUUAUUCUUGAGAAUAUGGGCGAUAAUAACACCGUUGUCGGAGGAACUCUUCCACAAAGAAUGCCCUCUUGUCUAGCCUCGUUGGAUCUGUUCCUAUCGUGGAAUCACCCGAUCGUCUCCUCGUAUAUCAAGGCUGAUAUGGGACAGAAGAAGGCUGCCGGUGGUGGCAAUCUCCUUCAGACGAUUGCUCAUAUUCUUGGAGUGAACGACGUCUCCCAGUUGAAUCCUGAUGCGAACCUUGGAGACCUUGGACUCGACUCGUUGAUGGGUGUGGAAAUCAAGCAAGCCCUCGAAAGAGAUUACGACAUUGUACUAUCUAUGAAGGAUAUCCGUACGUUAACCCUAAACAAACUGCAAAAUCUGGCCGAAAGUGGUGGCCAGGGUGCAACGGCAUUGCAACCGACUGAAUUGGACAUGAAGAAGGAGAGUGAGCGCGAUGCCGAGCAAAAUACGGUGGAGAUGUUGGAGAGACAGAUGAAUCAACUGUUCAAGAUGCGUGUCGAUGUUAACGACCUUGAUCCUCAGGACAUUGUUGUGAAGUGCAAUAAGAUCGAAGAGGGUCCCGUUACAUUCUUCGUUCACUCCAUUGAGGGUAUUGCAACGCCACUGAAACGUGUCAUGACCAAAUGUACCUUCCCCGUCUAUUGCUUCCAGUCAACUAAAGAUGUACCACGAGACUCGAUUGAAAGUGUUGCCAAGUGUUACAUCAAGGAAAUGAAGAAGAUCCAACCUGUUGGUCCAUACAGGAUUGUCGGUUACUCGUAUGGAGCAUGUAUCGGAUUCGAGAUGGCCACGGUGCUCCAAGAAUUAGAUGGAGUCUCAUCAGUCGAGAGGCUGAUAUUGCUUGAUGGAUCUCACCUGUACAUGCAAACAUACAGAAAUGUCUAUCGAAUGGCAUUUGGUGUUACUGGAGAUACCCUCGUGAACAAUCCGCUGUUCGAAUCAGAAAUCAUGUGCGCAAUGACGCUACGAUUUGCUAACGUUGAUUACAAGAAGUUCCGUGUUGAACUACUCCAACAACCAGGAUUCAAGGCGCGGAUACAAAAGGUUGUCGACACUGUGAUGACCACGGGCCUCUUCAAAUCCCCCGAAACUAUCGCGUUUGCCUGUGAAGCGAUGCGAUCGAAGUUCUUGAUGGCAGACAAAUAUAAACCUGAACGUAAAUUUGCUGGACAUAUCACACUGGUGCGUGCUGAACAAGGAGCGGCUCGUGAAGAGGACGUUGGUACCGAUUACGGUAUUAGUCAGGUGGCGGACGACUCGAAGGUGUAUGUAGUCGAAGGAGAUCAUGACACAUUUGUACAAGGCAAGAGCUCAGCGAAGACGGUAGCAAUCAUUAAUGAACUCAUUAAAGAGACGUACAAAUGCUAG